CUUUUCUUGAUUAAUUUAAAAAUACCAUUUGAGAGUGACUAAUUAAGAUUAAAUAAGUAUUAACAAACCUAUAAUAACACAGUUUACUUCUUCAAUCAACCCCUCAUAAUUUGAGCAACAAGUCUUAUAUGUAUCCAAAACAACUAGUUCAUUUCUUUCUAAAAUAAAAUCAUGGAUCUAAACACACUGAUAAUUGUCCUUUUAUUCUUUCUUCUUACCUUGAUUAGCAACUUCCCUUACAAGGUGAUGAGCAACAAUUGUUCCAUCUCCAAGUGUGGUGAUUUUUCCGGUAGUCCGACAAUCCGAUUCCCUUUCCGGAUCAAGAGUUCCGGUAAAGAAGAACCCGACUCUUGUGGGCACCCGGGUUUCGACGUGUGGUGUGAUGAAGGAUCCAAAAGCUCCCUUAUUGAGCUUCCAAGGUCAGGAAACUUUAGUAUAAAAAGUAUAGAUUAUGUUGCACAAGAAAUGUGGAUAAAUGAUCCAAAUAAUUGCCUACCCAAAAAACUUUUAACUUUUAAUCUUUCAAACUCUCCUUUUGUUGGAAUUUAUCAUCAAUAUUUUUCCUUCUUUAAUUGCUCAAAAACCCUAAAUACCACCAAAAAUAACACCACAAAUAAUUUAAAAGGUCUUAUAGGUCCAAUCAAAUGCCUUAGUGGAUCACAUCAUUUUAUUUAUGCAAUCCCUUCAAAUGGGACUAAUAACAACCAUCCUUCAAAUUGUUCACUCAUUGCACCUUUGGUUAAAGUUCCUGUCCAAUGGCCGCCUUCGUUGCACAACAAUAACACGAAUUCAUCCUUAUCAUCGGAGCUCCAUGACGACCUCCGGCUGUCUUGGUACAUGCCAGAGUGCCGGCCAUGCGAGUUAAAUGGUCAAAUGUGCGGAUUGAAGACUAAUAAUAAUAACGGUUCACAGGUCAUAAUAUGCUCGAAUAAUCCGAAUCAAGGUAUGGUUGGGAAAUUGCCCAUAACCACGUUCAUAGCAGUGAUAUUAGUGAUAUGCUCACCAACACUAAUUUGUCUAGUGGGCUCACUAAUUAUUUGGAUCCGGGCUUGUCUUAGACAUAGGAGCUUAAAUCGCGAUUUACAACUCGAAUCAGUUGUCACUAAUGGGCCUGAUCGCAUUGGAGAGUUGGGCCUUGCAGAACUUAACAUAGAGUUUGCAAUGCAAGUAGUUCGACUGGGCCAGAAUGAGGAAGCUAGCCCAGAAUAUCGGCCCACUAUUGUAAUAAGUGAGAUAGAAGAAGUGGGCCAAGGCCCAAAUAGUGAGAAUGAAAAUGCAUGCGCAAUAUGCAUGGGAGAAUAUAUAAGGAAGGACAGAAUUGGAACUUUACCUGUAUGUGGGCAUUAUUUUCAUGCAAAUUGCGUAAAUAAGUGGCUUUUAUCUCGUGGUAGGUUUGGAAAAACUUGUCCAAUCUGCAGGACUCCAGUUGAUUCAUCGUGACGAAAAAAUAUACUUUUUCCGUUCUUUUUUUAUUGUUCCAUGAGAGAUUUCACGUUUGUCAAUGCUUUACUUUAGU